GAGGAGGCUCUUUCUCUACCCAUGGAGGUGUUCGUGAAGCGAGAGGUGGAGGAGCCGGGCGGUGAGACGUGGCCACCCGUGAAGGUGGAGAGAGAAGACGCCGAUGGAGGUGGUGAUGCUGGUCAGGACCCUGAUUCUCAAGAGGAUGAGCUCGGCGUAGCGGAGGACCUCGGUGAAGAAGAGGAGUUUCAGUCAGAUGGCGGGGUCCUUCAGUCCGAUGAUGAGGAUAUUCGUGUUAAAGAGGAACCUUUGGAGAAUGAGCUUGGGAGUGACGAUGGGGACCUUGAUUCGGAUGAAGAGGGUCUUGACGUCAAAGAAGGGCCUUUGGGGAAUGAGGACCCUCGGCCUGGCGGUUCUACCGAGAGAACCGGCGAGUCGCGGGGAGACCGGGGGACUCCGUCGGACGUGGCGGAGAUCGAGGUGGUCCUGGAGAGCAGCAGGGGCCGGAGGAACCGGACGGACGGCGACGACAGGAGGCCGCACGAGUGCCCCUUGUGCGGCCGGGCCUUCACUUGCUCAUCGGCCCUGAAGAGGCACGCGAUGACGCACACGGGAGAGAGGCCCUACCGCUGCUCGGUGUGCGGGAACGGCUUCAGGAAGUCGUCGGCACUCAAGAGCCACGCGAUGAUCCACACGGGCGAGAAGCCCUUCAAGUGCCCGCUGUGCCCCAGGGGCUUCGUCCAGUCGUUCGCCCUCAAGAGGCACGUGAUGAAGCACACGGACGAGAGGCCGCACGCGUGCCCGACGUGCGGCAAGGCCUUCACCGACUCGUCGACGCUCCGGAGCCACGCCAGGAUCCACACGGGCGAGAGGCCGCACGAGUGCCCGACGUGCGGCAAGGCCUUCGCGCACCUCUCCAACCUCAGGAGCCACACGAAGAUCCACACGGGCGAGCGGGCGCACCGCUGCCCCGUGUGCGACAAGGGCUUCGUCGAGUCGUCGGACCUCAAGAACCACCUGAUGACCCACACGGGCGAGAAGCCGCACAAGUGCGCCGCGUGCGGCAAGGGCUUCACAAAGCCGUCCUUCCUCAGGAACCACGAGUCGACGCACGGGGGCGAGAAGCCGCACAAGUGCGACGUUUGCGGGAAGGCCUUCACCCAGCUGGCAGCCCUCAGGGUCCACGCGAUGGGCCACUCGGGAGAGAGGCCGCAUUGCUGCGACGUCUGCGGGAAGGGCUUUGCACACCUGUCGGCCCUGAAGGUCCACGCGAUGAUCCACACGGGCGAGAGGCCACACCGGUGUCCGAUAUGCGACAAGGACUUCAUAAAGUCGUCGGCCUGCAGCCGGCACAUGAAAUCACACAGCGUGGAAAAGCCAUACAAGUGUUUCGUCUGCGGGAGGAACUUUGCGGAUCUCUCAAAUCUCAACUUCCACAUGAAGUGUCUCAAUCACUGAGACACUUCAAACUGUCCAGAUCCCUAGAAUCUCAACUUUAAUGUGAAGUGUCUCAAUGACCAAGACAAUUCACACUUUGCAUAUCGCUCGAACCUUAACUUCCUAAUGAAGUGUCUCCAUCACUGAGACAAUUCAAGUACAAUCCGUUUGAACGUGAUUCAUAGCAAAGUUUUGGUUUACUUUUGGGGGUUAGAUCGCGUCGACGUAAACGCGCCAUUAGGCCCGCCACACCGCCCGCCACGGCCAAUUGAUUCAGGGUUUUGUCACGUGAACAAAACGUGCCGGUCGGUUUACCACUUCAGCACCCCGGCGAGUGCUGGAGAGUGAUCCCAUGGAUGUUGUAAAUGCGCGUGCUCUGGAUUAGCGAGCCUCGCGCAUUCGCGAGCCACUGAAUAGAAUGUCUUCACCCUUUUAAAAGGAGGGCUGGAACGAGAUCCGCUCUUGCCUUCCGAACGGACGACUGAGUGAAUGACAGCAGUCUAAAACUGCAUCUUCAAUCUGCUGCUGUUGAGUCCACGCGAAAGAGAAGAAGACCAAACGUCGCAGCUGUAAUACCCUUGUGCUCGCGAGCGUCACGCAGCGCCUACAGACCAACGACACCGGUCGUGAGUGGUGGGGGCGGGGGGCGGGAAGAUGCACGUAGAACCCCGCUCGGCCACCCGCUCAGGCCUCCAUCUCGCAGUGAUCCCUCUCCGGACUCGCCGCUGUGCAUUUGCUCACUUCAUGCUUACUCCUUUAUACGCUCUUGGUUAUUAUCAACGGUUUGAAGCUUUCAUGACUGCAGGAAUCCAUAUUCUUUGGUUCUUUCGGUAAAGUCACGUAGUUAGUCAUCAGGCAAAAGUUUUGUCAAAAGUUUUGCCUGAUGACGACCGCUUGUGUUGCGAUCGAAACGUCGUGAUUUGUUUUAUUUUAUUUCUAACUACGUGACUUUACCGAAAGAACCAAAUAGUAUUAUCAACGGGUCGACCGCGAGGUCCAUCGGGAAGGGAGCGAACGCAUUCGGGGAGAGUGUUUCGGGGGAGAUCGCUACCUCCCCAGAGUGGACACUUCCAAUUUAUAUAUUGCUUAGACACAUUGUGUAUCUACAUACCGUAUACUCGACAAAAGCUCACCCUAAUGUAUCUGUUGUUGUAGAUAUUAUUCAUAGUGUUCAUUCAUCCCGUGCACACGCACACAUUGUUAUUUGGAUGAUUAUUAGAGUGUUAUUUGGUUUGUCAUUUGGGUUCGUUCGGAUAUUUCGUGAUUUUUCUUGAUUCGCUUUUCGAAUUUUUCGUCGAUUAAUUAUAAUCAUUUAUUCGUGAGACGUUCUAUUGCAAUGCUGCGGAGCUGAUACCUCGAGCAUUUCACUGCACCCGCUACAACAUGAAACGUAGCUGUGUAUGCGACCAAUAUACUUUUUUGAUUGGCUCAAAAUGAAAAAAACUUAAACUGUGCGGUCGUUUUAAUCAUCGAACUCCCGCAUCUUCCAAUGCGGAGUCAUCCACCCUCCCGAAAUCCUCACCUCCACCACCUCCCAUCGUCGUCCAAUCAUCAUCAAAGGUAAUACAAAUGGAACACAUUGUUCUUUAAAUCUUGACUUAGAGCUUUCGUGACUGCAGGAAUUCAUAUUAUUGGGUCUUUCGGUAAUGCCACGUAGAUAGAUCAAAGCUGCUGAUAUUCUCAGCAGCUCUCCUGCGAUAUUUCUCACCUGCUGAUGAUUGCUUGUGUUACGAUCGAAACAUCGUGAUAUUGUAUUUUUUAAAAUUACUUUUAUUAUUUGAUCUAUCUACGUGGCUUCACCGAAAGACCCAAUAAUACAUUGUUCCUUAUAAUGUAUUGUGGUCAUUGUUAUUACACAUUGACAAUUCCCCCCCGCUGUAUGUUCGCCUCGUACCAAGAACGUAAUGACAUUUCCCCACCCUCUCCACAUUGGAAUGAGGUUUUCUGCAUUCGCGAAUUUGCAUUACAAGAAUGCUACCCUCGCGGAUACAGAGGAGAGGGCGUUAACCGUAGAGUAAUACGUCGUUUAACACGCAGGUGUAGGUUUUCGCGACUAAUAGUGUCCGAAACGGGUUUUUUUUGGGGUGGUUAGAUCGCGUAAUUAUACAUUUGUCAUUAAACCCGCCGCCACCACCACUCGACACAGCCAAUUAGUAAGGUUUGUGUCGCAUUAACAAAACGUGCCAAUUCGUUACUAGCACAGCACUAAAUCGGUUGUUGGAGUAGUGAACCAAUUCGUUACUAGUACAGCACUAAAUCGGUUGUGUGUUGGAGAGUGAACAAAUUUGUUACUAGUACAGCACUAACCGGUUGUGUGUUGGAGAGUGAACCAAUUCGUUACUAGUACAGCACUAACCGGUUGUGUGUUGGAGUAGUGACCGAUUCGUUACUAGUACAGCACUAACCGGUUGUGUGUUGGAGUAGUGAACCAAUUUGUUACUAGUACAGCACUAACUGGUUGUGUGUUGGGGUAGUGAACCAAUUCGUUACUAGUACAGCACUAAACCGGUUGUGUGUUGGAGAGUGAACCAAUUCGUUACUCGUACAGCACUAACUGGUUGUGUGUUGAGAGCAAACCCACUAUAACAUUUACAAUUCGAGUAGUUGUGACGUUUCGCCGGUGUAUUACGAAUUGGCGGACCGUUUUACGUGACACAUACUCCUUACUGAUUGGCCGUGUUGGGUGGCGGUGUUUAACGACACACGGGUACGCGAUCUAACUAAAAAAAAAGAACCCCGAUCGUGGAUAAUAUUGGUCGCGAAAGCCCUACUGCGUGUUAAUACCAAAACACGAUAGGAGUGCAGAGUUUGGGACAUGCAAUCAAAUCCCUUUAAAUUAUAUAUAUCUACAAACCAGUUCAUGAAGCCUGCAUUUGCCAGGCAAACGUUUUCAAUAAACAUAAUACUGAACCUGAUGUGAUUUUUUUGUCUUUGCGAUUUGUAUCUACGAUCAUAUCACGAACAACUACGCCAAACAUUUUGUAUUCGCCUCUACGUCGCCCUCUCGUGGCCAGCUCCAUAGAAGCUGGUGAGGCUAUAGAAGGCUCAACGAGACUUAAUGCUGAAUGGGAAUCAGAACGUUUAUUGAGGCUGCAGGAGGAAUCCGAUGCGCUAUUAAGCUCUUUUAUUCACAGAUGUCCAG